AGGAGAUCAGAUGCAGCAACUUUAAUGGCUUCAGGCUUAUGGCAGCCUGUGUCACUGCAGUAGGAGAAGGCAUUUGCCAAACCGCAACAAUAUACUGCGGGGGGAGUAUCUCUUUGCAAGUUGCAGCCACGACAUGCCGGGGAACCACUUCCCGCCCUCGAUGUAGGCGGCCACCCAUGGGUUGCCUCCUCAGCAAGCGGAGCGCCGCCGCCCCGUCGGCCCCCGCCGAGAAAGCCCCCCCAACGUGGCCCUCAGAACGCCCCUGCAUCCCCCCGGCGCUCUCCCCUCCCGACCCUUCCACUUGGCCCAUCUGGCUCCUUGCCGUCGCUGGAGAAUCCCUCCGCGGGUGGAACCCUCGCCGAGCCGACUCGUUCCGCAAGGUUGCCAAGAUCGGGUCGGGAACGUACAGCAACGUGUAUAAGGCGCGGGACUUGGAGACGGGGCGGAUGGUGGCGAUGAAGAAAGUGCGCUUCGACCUGGCGGAGCCGGAGAGCGUGCGAUUCAUGGCGAGGGAGAUCACGGUGCUCCGGCGGCUUGACCACCCUAACGUCGUCCGGCUUGAGGGAAUUGCCAUCUCCCGCGUCUCCUCCGCUCUUUACCUCGUCUUUGAGUACAUGGAGCAUGACCUCGCUGGACUCGCUGCAGCUCCCGGUGUGCAUUUCACGGAGCCCCAGGUCAAAUGCUACAUGAAGCAGUUACUUUCUGGUCUUGAGCAUUGCCACAGUCGAGGAGUCCUGCACCGUGAUAUCAAAGGUUCAAAUUUGCUUUUGGACAAUGAAGGAACACUCAAGAUAGCUGAUUUUGGACUUGCUUCUACCUUUGAUCCUAGCCGCAAGGCACGAAUGACUAGUCGAGUGGUCACGUUGUGGUAUCGUGCUCCAGAACUAAUACUUGGUGCAACAAACUAUGGUGUUGGUAUUGAUCUCUGGAGUGCUGGCUGCAUUUUGGCAGAAUUAUUUAUGGGAAAACCAGUAUUGCCUGGAAGGACCGAGGUGGAGCAGCUACACAGGAUCUUUAAGUUGUGUGGAUCACCUUCAGAAAAGUACUGGAAGAAAUCAAAAUUGCGGCAUACUACUAUUGUGAGGCCAAAACAACACUACACCUGUUGCAUAAGAGAAACCUUCAAGGAAUUUCCACCUUCUUCUCUAUCUCUAAUUGACUCACUCCUUUCACUUGACCCAGAUGAUAGAGGCACAGCUACUACUGCUUUGAACCAUGAAUUCUUCACCACUGAACCUUGUGCCUGUGAUCCGUCGAGCUUGCCUCAGUAUCCUCCAAGCAAAGAAAUGGAUGCAAAACUGAGAGAGAAGGCCAGAAGACAAAGCACUGUUUGUCGGAAAGGCUAUUCUGAAGCAUCAAGACGAUCUAGUGUCCGUAAUUGCCAUAGCAGAGCAGUUCCAGCUCCAGAAGCCAAUGCAGAGCUGCAAGUAAAUUUGGAAUUGCAGAGAAUGCGAUUGAUGACUCAUAUAAAUGUGACAAGCAAAAGCGAAAAGUUCCCACCGCCUCAUCAGGAUGGAUCUGUUGGAAUCCCGUUGGACGGACCAAUGUCUUUCGUAGCACCAGAUACAUCUUUUACUUCCUCAGUGUUUGAAGCAAAGGAAUACUCUAGUGGAGGACUGGUUACUAGUGAAGGCACUCAGAAGAGGAACAUAAGCAAAGAGGAGCCAAGAGGUUUGAAGAGAUUCAUGGAGAUCAAAAGAAAUAGAAGAGUUCAUGGAGACAGAAGAAAAGAAUUAGAAGUUUUGAGUAAGUGAAAUAGUAGUUAGCCUUUUGUAUCUCAUGCCCGUUCACUUCAUAUAAAAUAUGUACAGACUAGGAAGACUUCAGAUGUUUGCUAUCUACCAUAGAGAGAGUUCAUCCACCUGCUCAUUUUGUCUGAUUAUGAAUUUGUUUGGCUCGGUUGAACUCUUGAUUCAUUCACACCUCAACUCUAUAAAUUGCUCAUUAUUUAUCUGAAUCAAUUACUAGUUCAAAAUGA